GAUGGACGGUCCGGAUAAGACGUCAAAAUAAGGAAAAAGACGUCUGAAAAAGGAACUAAGGAAUUAGCACCAUCCGAAAAAGGGAAUAACGGGUGAGUGACUGAAAAAUUUUAGGAGGAACCGAGUGCUCAGGACAGCACUGCAUAACGGAAAAAGGAAAUAACCACCAACCCAACAAGGCAAGUGGUAAACCAAUUGGUAAUAGGCGCUAAGGAAGGCGUCAAAGGAAACAAAACGAAAAAUAAACACCACACGAAAAAGGAUUAACGGGUGAGUGACCGAAAAUUUUUAGAAGGAACAAAGAAAAUAAACCACCCCGUGGCAAAGGGUAAAUAGCGGAAAAAUAAUCAAAAGGAAUCCAAAAUGGAGGAAAUGAAUAAAUUGGUGGUACGGCAGCAGGAGAUUGGAAAUGACAUAUCCAAACUGCUGUCCAACUCAAAAAAGGAUACAGCAGCCCGGAAGACUGCAAAAUACAUAGAAGAACGGCAGGCGAAAUUAGAAGAUUACCAUCGGGAGGCAAGGAACAAUCACACGGAGAUAAUCAAAUUAAAAAUUUCAGAACACGAUUAUUAUGCAACAAAUUUCAUGGACCAAAUUGAGGCAGUAUACAACACUGCAAAGGCAUACUUGAAUGGGUUACAGAACACUGAAACAGAUGGAAAAAUGGACGAACAAUUGAUGAGGGUCAAAAGACAGGAGAUUCGCAUUGAACAAUUCUACACAACAGCAGCUCAGAUUACAAAGGAACGGGAGAUGGGAAAGAUAUGCAAAGCGUUAUAUAACGACAUGCAAAGGAGAUGGGAGGUGAUAAGCGACAACGAAGUAGAAAUACAAGUCAAUGAGGUAAGAUUUGCUCACGAAUAUUUUACCUUGAAGAAGUUUGGCGAAGCACAAAAAGAAUACUACAGAAUACAAAGCCACCUAAAAAACGAGUGUGAGGACAACACUACACGGACGUCAAAAAUCAAGCUGCCUAAAAUAAGGAUCCCGACAUUCCGAACUGGGUAUGAAAACUGGACUCCGUUUCAUGAUCUGUUUCAGAAGCUAAUACAUUCCAAUGAAGAACUCUCGGAUACAGAGAAGAUGCAUUACCUGAAAGGCCAUUUGGAUGGAGAAGCUGCCAAAUUAAUACAACAUCUACCGAUAACCGAGCAGAACUACGCCACGGCUUGGGACAUAUUGAAGAAUCGAUAUCACAACGUGAGGCUGAUGGUAUCAAACUUACUGGGCAAGAUGAUGGGUGCUCCGGCAGUCGAGAAAGAGGACGCGGAACAGCUGAAACGGCUUCAUGACACAAUCCGUGGGUGUCUCGAAGCAAUAAAUAAUUUGGGGACAGACACAGCAUCAUGGGAUACAAUUGUAAUAAAAAUUGUAUCAGACAAAUGGGAUGUUGAAACCAACAAGCUGUUCGAGCAGUCACUGAAGCAACCAAGUCAAAUACCCAAAUUAGAAGAAGUGAUGGAGUUCUUGAAGUUGCGGUUCCAGUCCUUGGAGGCAUCAGAACAAAGACCAAAACAAUUCCAAGAGCAAUCAACAUCGAAGUCAAGAUGGCAACCCACCAGCGCAAUUACAUGUUACUACUGCAAACAACAUCAUUCCAUGGAAAGGUGCCCGAAAUUUCAGACGCUUGCAGCACCACAAAAGAUGAAGAUCGUUAGGGAACAGCAGCUGUGCAUCCGGUGCAUGAAACAUCAUCAACAAUACAAGUGUUAUUCCACAAUUAACUGUGCAACAUGCAGCAGACCACACCAUACCAUGCUGCACACCCCAUACAACGGAACAUCAACACAGGCUACAAGACCAGCGAAAUCAGCCUCCCACGCAGUCACAAGGUCGGGACAGAUGGAGACGAAAAGACAAGACCACCAAGUGUUGUUGGCAACCGCAAUGGUGAGAGUCCAGGAUAUAAUGGGCGAUCAGCAAGUGCUGAGGGUUUUGGUGGAUCCAGGGUCACAAGCAUCCUUCAUCACCGAACAAGCGGCCCAGGAACUGAAGCUACCAAGAACCAAGAUAACUGCGAUGGUUUCGGGGCUUGGAAAUAAUGAACCGAAGACAGCAAGGUCCCAAGUUAUGGUUCAUCUGCAGCCACGGCACUCAAGUAAAUACAUGUUAACAACAGAGCUGAUCGUGCUACCCAAAAUUACCGAAAAUUUACCACGGCAAUCAUUCAAGAUGGAAAUGGAAUCUUGGCAAAAUGUGGUACUGGCAGAUCCAACCCUAAACAUCCCAGGUCCAAUAGACAUUUUAUUAGGAGCACACGAUUAUGCAAAAAUAAUAAUGGAAGGGAUCAAGAAGACAGAAAGCGAGCUACUUGGACAACAGACGCAGUUCGGAUGGGUUAUAUCUGGACAAAUCACGUAUCCAGCAAAGAAGGGGAGACCGGUACUAGGAAUGGUAUCGGUGAUUAAUGAGGACAAACAAUUAGCCAAAUUUUGGGAACUGGAGGAGGUAGAUGUCCCAAUUCGACAGAGCGAAGAAGAUCAAUGGUGUGAAGACCAUUAUGUUGCCACCACCACCAGAGGUCCAGAUGGAAGAUAUACCGUCAGAAUACCAUUCAAGGAGGAACCAAAAGAAAUGGCAAAAUCGCGGCCACUUGUAGCAACACGAGCAAUUCACCUGGAGGUUGUUAGUGAUAUGACAACAGAGGCAUUCAUUGCAGCACUAAAAAGAUUCACGGCCAGGAGAGGACGUUGUCAGCACAUAUACAGUGACAAUGGUACAAAUUUCGUGGGUGCCAGCAAAAUUCUGGAACAAGUUCAACCCAUCGUGCAAGGGAAGGAUGUUCAAGAAGAAUCCACUUCUAUUGGAACGCAAUGGCAUUUCAUCCCACCAGCAAGUCCACAUAUUGGUGGAAUCUGGGAGAGUGGCGUCAAGUCACUUAAAUAUCACCUGAGACGAGUAAUAGGCGAGGCGACGUUAACAUACGAAGAAUUAGCCACGUUAACUCAACAGAUAGAGGCGUGUCUAAAUUCGAGGCCAUUAAUUAACACCGGAGAAGUAGUAGAUGACAGCAUGCUAUUAACACCGGCGCACUUUCUGAUUGGAAAACCUAUAUUAGAGCCGUUUGAAGAAACAGGAGACAACAAUGUCAAUCUGCCCAGUAGCAUGGAAAUUUUGGCACAUCCAAUAAAACGAACAAUGGUGCAACGGAAUGACACUCACAUACGCGUGUUCGGAGUGUUUGUGGUGGCAGAGAUCACGGAAUACGUGAUUAUGAAGAUCACCCCCAUUCCUUUAAAGAUGGAAGACAGCCCUAACUGCAUCAUAAGGGAAAUUUACAACCAUACGGAGAACAGCAAUUGUAACAUUCAACAACAUACAAUUACCAGCACCAUAUGGAAACAACUUUACAUGGAAAACAAACAACCCACAAGAGUGGCAAUCAUAUGCAACGGACGUCGACAGGAGGUUAUGUUAAACAAUACGGGAAUCAUCAACCUAUCCCAGGAUUGUCGACUACAAACGAGGCAAAGCAUCUUAAACCCGAGAAGAGAUAAAUCUAUAAUGGUACUCGGCAGUUACAUCAAACACGUUAAUAUCAGUACUCAACAUACCAAGAGGCACCCACACCACGUACAUCCACUGGAAGAACCUGUAGUGAAGGCCGGAGAACAGUUGAACCAGCUAAGGGAUAAGGAGCAAGAACUACAAAAUCACAUUAGGGAAACUGCAUGGCAGAAAGUAACAACACAUUCAAUGAUGACGAGCACUCUAACUACCAUAAUAAUCAUUACGGCAUCAUUGGCUAUUGGAGGAGGUUAUAUCUGGUAUAAACGACGACAACAACCAUCCCGGCAAACAACAGAAGACAUAAAGAUGGAACCAAUAAUAUAUGCUCAACCAGAAACACAAGGGCAGAACACCGUUGGAGCUGUCGCGAGUCGGCAGAAUGUUUAAUAUUCAUCAAACAAGAAUUUAGUUUCGCGUAAAUACGACCUAGAAUAGUUGCAUUACAACAAUUGGCAAGUAAGCAGUUAAGCAAGAGUAACAAUAAAUUAUUAUCGUAGGUUUUAUGUAGAGCAAUUAGGAAAUGGGUUGUAGGAAAUUGUAUACUAUUAAUAACGUUGUCAUCAAAAUAUGUAGAGUAGGUAAUUGCAAUGUGCACAAUCAUUCUGUAUAUAAACUGUACAAAAAGUAGAAUAAAGGGACUAUUGAAUAAAACGUCUUUAGUUCACCUGCAUCUGAGCGUCCAGGCCAUAAUUUGGGGAAUGAGGCCGUUCUCCACUCAGUGCAGUUUAAUAAUAUCCCCCCGGAUAUUAA